CGGCUUUGGGCCUCCAUUUUCCACGCCUAGAAACACGAGCCGUCGGCGGCGCCGUCGAGCGGAGUCGUCCCACCUCCCCCCCUGCAGCCUCCCCAGCGGUGCAUCCGUCUCCGCUCCCUGGGCUUCUCUUCUCGCGCACCCUCGAUGGCGUCGGAGGCCUUCGGCGGCUCGGCGGCCAAGGGCAGCGCCGCGGGGGCGCCGGGCGGCCCGCGCCCGCCGCACGGCCGCCUCGUGCUCCCGGCGGGGCGCGCCCGCGAGGCGGUGGCCUUCGCCGCGGGCGCCGUGGCGGCCGCGCUCGCGCUCCUCUGCUCCGCCUCCGUUCUCGCCCCCACGCCCGUGCCCAACAUCGUCUCCCUCCCCUCGCCCUUCCACUCCUCCACAUCCUCCUCCCCCGCCGCGGCGGCGGCGGUCGGCAAGGACCCGCGCACGUUCUACGACGACCCGUCGCUCUCCUACUCCGUCCGCGGGCGCCGCAUCACGGGCUGGGACGCGAAGCGCGCGGCGUGGCUGCGCUCCCGCGGCCUCGACCCGGGCUCGCCCGCCGUCACCCGCCGCGUGGUCAUGGUGUCCGGGUCCCAGCCGGAGCCCUGCGCGGGCGCCGGCGGCGACCACCUCCUCCUCCGCUUCCUCAAGAACAAGCUCGACUACUGCCGCCUCCACGGCGUCGAGCUCCUCUACAACACCGCGCUGCUGGAGCCGUCCAUGGUGGCGUACUGGGCCAAGAUCCCCGCCGUGCGCGCGGCGAUGCUCGCGCACCCGGAGGCCGAGUGGGUCUGGUGGGUCGACGCCGACGCCGUCUUCACCGACAUGGACUUCGCGCCCCCGCUCGAGCGCUACGCGGGGAGCUACGACCUGGUGGUGUACGGGUGGGACGCGGAGGUGUACGAGGAGCGCUCGUGGGUGGGGCUCAACGCCGGCGUGUUCCUCAUCCGGAACUGCCAGUGGGCGCUGGACCUCAUGGACGCGUGGGCGCGGAUGGGGCCGGCGUUCCCGGAGCACGCCGCGUGGGGGAGGACGCUGCGGGCGGAGCUGGCCGGGAAGCCCGACGACGAGGCCGACGACCAGUCGGCGCUCGUGUACCUGCUGGCCAGGGACCCCGGCGCGCUGCGGUGGGCCAACCGGACGCGGCUCGAGACGGGGUACUACUUCCAGGGGUACUGGGCGGAGAUCGUGGGGCGGCUCGACGGCGUCGCGGCGCGGUACGCGGCGGCCGAGCGCGGCGCGGCGGCGGGGAGCGCGGGGCUCCGGCGGUGGCACGCGGAGCGGGAGCACGCCCGGUACGCGGCGGCGCGGGACGCGGCCGUGAGCGGCGCCGUCCCGGGCCCCGCGGGCGGCGGGCAGAAGGGGUGGCGGCGCCCGUUCGUGACGCACUUCACGGGGUGCCAGCCCUGCGGUGGCGCGCCCAACCGGAGGUACUCGCGGAGGCGGUGCGCCGAGGGGAUGCGCCGCGCGCUGGCGUUCGCCGACGACCAGGUGCUCCGCGCCUACGGGUUCCGCCGCGCCGCGCUGCUCAGCGACAGCGUCGUGCCGCUGACGUUCGACUACCCCGCCGCGCAGUGACGGCGAGCGGCGGCGGAAGUGGGCCUGCGUGUGCUGCUGUACAUUUUGGCCUCCUCUUUUGUGUGGUGAUAAUCGCAGUAGAGUAAUUGCGUGGAGAGUUUUUUUCCUUUUUAAAAAAGAAUCUGUGAGAGGUUUGGGCCUUUUCCUCAGUGGAGAUUUGGUUUUGGGCCGAUUUUAACGAGUCGUGACGCUUGGAUUUCGAAAUGGAACCAAAAUAAAAAAAAAAAUCUGUACGCCUUCAAAUCUUUCAAUUGUCACAUGGGAUCGCGUUGCA